UUGGUCUAUAUAAAAGCAAUCUUUCAAUGGUGUUUAAGGUAGUGUUUCUUGCAACAAAAAAUGUACAGUACUAUAAAGUUUUUGCUCACAAGUUUUACAUUAGUACAGGCUAAAUUGGACUGGAAUAAAGUUUUCCCAAAUGAACUAAAGGUACCGCAUAUUAACCUUGAUUACCAUGAUAUAACUCAUCUUAAAAUUGUAGGUGGAAUAGAAACGGAACCUCAUUCUAAACCAUAUCAAGUAGCACUUCUAAUUCCUGUACCAAGGGGAACUUCAUUUUGUGGCGGUUCCCUUAUUUCUAAACGAACUGUCUUAACUGCUGCUCAUUGUCUGGAUAGGGUAAAUGGAAAAGUUACCGUUAUUUUAGGUGGCCAUAAUAUUCGAAAAAAAGAACCUAGUCAAAUAAGGGUGAAAUCUAGCACUGUUAUUAUUCAUCCAGAUUGGAAUAGAUUUCUUCUUAGAAAUGAUGUUGGUCUAGUCAUACUGCCAUCAGAAGUGGAGUUGAAUGAUGAUAUCCAAACGAUUCCACUUCCACACGAAAACUCAAAAGCUAGCUUUAAAGGAAAAAAUGCAUUAGCAACUGGAUGGGGAAGAUAUAGUGAUUAUAAUAAAAAUAUUUCACCCGUAUUGAGAGAAGUAAAUAUUCCCAUUAUUUCAAAUUUUUGGUGUGGUGUACAUUACUUGGGAAGUAUUACUGAUAGUCACAUAUGCGCAUCAGGCACUGGUGGUAGGGCCACGUGUAACGGAGAUUCUGGAGGGCCAUUGGUUGUUCAUGGAGUCCAAGUCGGCAUUGUUUCAUUUGGAGUAAUUUUUGGAUGCGAGAUUGGUUGGCCAGUAGUAUUUUCUCGUAUUACAUAUUUUUCUGAUUGGAUUCAUGAAAAUAUGAUUGAUGGCGAAUAAUAAUUGUCUAAUAUGUUAAAGCUUUAUUUUUAUUUGUUUAUGUUUAUAUACCAAAUUAAUAAAAUAAAUAUAAUUAUUAUAAAUUUUAUCGAAUAAUUUCUGCUGUAACAGUCUAUGUAAAUUUACGGUCUAUGGGCAAUGGUCUGGAACUGGUUUUUCCUGAAGUUUUGACCCCAAUUCAGUUAGACAAUAAGGACAAUCUUUGUGCGGGGAGAACUGGUGAUGAACAGUUUGGUUUCCAAAACGAGAUGGGUACUCGGGAAGCUCUUUUUGCAUGCUAAUACUCUUACAAAGGAGCAUCGAGUUUAGGAAAAAUAUUUACGUAUCCUUUAUAGAUUUCGAAAAAGCCUUUGAUAGAGUACCACAUACAUUAAUAUUUCAAUGCUUAGACUUAAUUGGUCUGAACACAUACGACAUAAGAUUACUCAAAAAUCUUUACUACAAUGAGAUCGCUUGUAUUAAGUUGGAUCAAUAAGUUUCUGCUAAAGUCUCUAAACUUUGUGUCAGACAGGGAUAUGUAAUGUCACAUCUGGUGUUAAAAUCGGUGGUAAAAUUAUUAAUAACAUCAGAUACCUACUCAGAUGACACCGCCAUCAUGGCAGAGAGUCUAGAAGACCUUAAAACCCUGUUGAACGCUGUAAACAACGAAUGUGCUGUAAAGGGCUUAACAAUAAACGCAAAGAAAACAAAAUGGAUGGUGGUCGAAAAAAUAUUGAAGACUCAGUACUAAAAUUAGAUAACAAAAUCCUGGAAAAGGUGGAACACUUUAAAUAUCUGGGUAGCUGGAUUGACUGCACGGUUGAAAGUGAUGAGCAAAUUUCGACCAGAAUAGAACUUGCACGAAAAAUCUUUAUUAACUUUCUGUGCAGUAGAAGUCUGUCAUUGACCACACGUCUAAGUGUAUUGAAGUGCAACGUCUGGUCCGUUUUGUUCUAUGGAUAUGAAACCUGAAAAAUAAAAGUUUAACAAAUUAGAAGCAUUUGAGUUGUGGUGUUACCGUCGGAUGCUCAGAAUUCCGUGGACAGCACACAUAUCUAACGAACAUGUACUAGAGACCAUCCACAAAGAGCGAGAAUUGAGCAACCAGUCCAUAAAAAUGAAAAAGGUUCAAUACUACGGUUUUUGAGGACCUAAAUAUCGUUAACUCCGGUUGAUCCUUCAGGCAAAAUCGAUGGAAAACGCUAAGUUAGAAGAAAACAGCUGUCCUGGCCGCAUAACAUUAGACAAUGGAAGAUCGAACGGUCUUGAAGAAUAAGGACAAUAAAGGAGCGACGAAAUUUUCAAGAGCGGAUAGCGGCUCUUCUAGAUUUCUGGGGAAUCUCAAUACUUUCUUGUAUCGUUUUUGCUAGUUUAAAAUAUUGGCAUCUGCCGGUUCGAUUUGUGACAUUUGUAACAUACAAUAAAAAAUCGUGGAUGGAUACGCUUACUUAUUGUAAGUUUCGAUCAUUCGUUUAGAUCUCGUUGUUUGUCGAUGCUGCAGUUGAUUCUUUUUGGACGUAUAUAUAUUUCAUUUGUGUCUAUUAGGGCACAAACUUUUGUCUCGUAGUAUGAUUUGCAUAGAUGCUUUUCAAAUGUGGACAUGAAAACGACUACUUCGAUUUUAUGAACGGCUCCCCGCACGAAUGUCUGGAUUCUAGAUGAAAGUCAACCCAGUCAACGUCUCUAGUACUGUUUACUCUAGAAUUUUUAAAGUUCUUUCGUCAUAUUCUUCGAAGCGAUUAAAAAAUGGAGCGAUUGGUGAGCCAAGAAAGACCUCAAAGUUAACUACAACGCGGCAAAUCUCCAAAACGAUGGGCAGACAUUACAAAAAAGCUUUUCAACAAACAGUAUGUAACAUGUAACAAAUGACCGCUACCAGGUAAGUUAUUAAUCAAACUACCCGAGCUGGUUCAAUUCUGAACCACAAGACAUCUGCUAAGAUGUUAAUGACCAUGGUGAUUAUGAUUUACAUCGACUUUAAUAAUGUUGGCCGCAGUUGUAGACGAAACGUCAAAGAAAAACAAUUUCAGACCAUGCCUUAUAACACCCGAAUAAAAUGUAUUAUUACAAUUUUGAAGCAGUUUUUAAAGAACUUGCUGAUUUAUAAAAAUAUUUUUAAAUAAUAAUUACAAAAACUGUAUCUGCCUAUUUCUAUAAAAAUCUAUGUGAGAUCUUGGGAUUUCCUAGAGCCACAAGAUCACAAGACCACACUAUGAUUUCCGUUUAUAAAUAAAAAAGCAUUAAAUAUU